AUGGAGAUGAACUACGAUGAAGCGGAGCUCCACCAGCUCGAGCAGGAGCUCCACACCGAGAUCUUGCCUGGUACAGAGAUCAUGGCAGACGUCGGCACCCAUCAUUUCGUCAAAGGCGGCUCUCACGUCCUUGUCCCACAGCCAUCUGCGGAUCCCCACGACCCAUUGAACUGGUCACCUUUCUGGAAAGGCCUCACAAUCGCUGCCUCGACUAGUGUAUCCUUCACACAAGGUUUUGGUCCGCUUGCAUUGGCACCCAUGUUUGGCUACUACAUCAAGGAUUUUGACUCGAAUCUUCCUGAUGUAGUCAAGUUUACUGGUGUGGCUAUCUUGGUCCUCGGAUUCAGCAACUUCAUCUGGGUCCCACUCAGCACAUCCUUUGGCCGUCGACCAGUCUAUAUCGCCUCCCAGAUCAUCUGCCUCGUUUCCUCAAUCUGGCGCGGUGUCGCGAAAGAUUACAGCUCGUUCAUGGGUGCUUGCAUUCUCAACGGUAUCGGAGCGGGUCCAGCUGAAACCAUUCAGCCAGCUGUGAUUGCAGAUAUCUUCUUCCUUCACGAUCGUGGUUUCUGGAAUACUGUGUACUGGGUGUUCUACAUGGGAUCCUUGAUGGUCGGACCAAUCAUUUCUGGUUCCAUGGCUCUGCACGUCGGCUGGCGUAGCUUCUGGUGGUUUAACACGGCCCUCAUCGCGCUCUCGCUAAUCAUGGUCAUCUUCAUGUUCCCGGAGACCAGAUGGCAUCGUCUCCACCCGGACGAGGUGGUCAAGAACCUGCGACAAACCACUAAACAAGCAUCGCCAGCUGGCUCAACGGAGAAGGUGCACCCAACCGAAGCCACGGAAGAUCCAGAGAAGUUCGGCGACCCGGUCCACCAAAUUCCAACCCACGGUACCAUGCCAGACCUUUCCGCCACCGCAACAGCAGAUCGCGAUCCGUAUCUCGGCACGGGCAAGCCCAGCAAAGCCCAAUGGCGACUCUUCACCCCAAACGCCACACCUUUCAAGUCCAUCCUUCUCGACCUCUGGAUCCCGUGGAAGCUGUUCGCCUUCCCAAUCGUGGAAUUCUCCGCCUUUGUCGUCUCUUGGUCCUGCAGCUCCUUCUUGACGCUGAACCUGACGCAAACGCAAAAUUUCGCCGCGCCGCCAUACAACUUCAACUCUCAGGACAUCGGUUUCAUGAACUUUGCCAUUCUCAUUGGUGCCAUGAUCGGUCUCGCGACUGCGGGACCUUUCAGCGAUUGGGUAUCUGCGCGCGCCACUCGCAAGAACCGUGGUAUUCGUGAGCCGGAGAUGAGGCUGACGGCCAUGAUUCCUUACGUCCUCAUCAUGAUGCUGGGCAACUUCGUUGUGGCUUUCGGAUACCAGAACAAAUGGCCAUGGCAAGCUAUCGUCGUUAUCGGCUUCACGUGUGCUGGUAUUCAGGUCGCCGCUCUGCCUGCCAUGGUGACGACUUACGCCGUUGACUCGUACAAACCUGUUGCUGGAUCGCUCAUGGUUGCCAUUACAGUCAACAAGAACGUUUGGGGUUAUGGAUUCUCUGAAUUCAUCACCAAGUGGAUCGAGAAGAGUGGUUAUGUGCCACCGAUCAUGACCAACAUGUCGCUCAUCACCCUUUGGUGCUUGUUCGGCGUCGUGUUCUUCUACUUCGGCAAGACAUUCCGUCGCUGGUCCAAGAACAGCUCUGUCCACAAGAUGUAA